CACUUCACUGUUACAUUUUUGUUUGCUCUUCUCACACAUUUCACGAUCGCUAAUGUCUUCGCACGUUCCUUAGUGCGAGCCAUAGAUUUUGUGGGGUAAUCGUCCUUCCCAGGAUUAGUUGAAUUUGAACGAGUAAGUAGCAUCCGUUUCUUGUCUCACACGGUUUGCAUGCUUUGUCUGUUUGUCUUACGACUUCUUAAAGAUGCCUUUUGCUUGUGGAUAUAUUUCUCUGCUUAGCUAUAGCAGUGUGGCUCCUGACUCUGCUCGCUCUUAUAUGUCUUCAUCUCUGUCUCUGUCCUUUUACCAGAAAUUUGAAGAAGCUAAAAACCUCUGUUCCCAGACUUCACAUUGGUAGAUCCUGUAGCUGUGGUUAAUUUCUGGUGGCAAGGUAGGAUCUUAUUUUGGCCUCUCUUGCUGUGGUUGAUGAAAGUUCUUCUGGGUCAGAUCCUUUUGGGUCUCAAGGUGGUUUCUUGGGUUUAUUUUACCUUAAUUGGCUGCUUGAUGGUACCUUAGGAGGUUCGCAAUGUGGAAGAGUGUUGUUGAAAAUACUUGAGUUUCAGGGGUGUUGAUAUGUUGUUGGAAGUUCAGUUCCAACAUUAGUCAGUGGAUAAAUGUUGGUCUUGCAGAGUGCUAGUUUUACAGGCUUGAACUCCAUGUUCAUAAUCCAGGCUAGUGGUCUUUAGUUUCCUGCGUUGUUGAACGACUUAUAAAAUUUCAGCUAUCCGUCGUCCUUAUAUAAUUUUAUGAUUUGCAUUUCGUUUCUUAUUGGAGGAGUGUAGAUCCCAUACAUGCAAAAACUGGUUUCAGCUAUGGCUCCAAUGGCAAAUGACAUUUUUUAUUCAUUUCAAUUCCGAGUUGAGAUAAGCUUCUGUCAUUCUGUGAAUGAGAAAAAGAGAAUGUGUGAUUUCCUUGUUCAUGUUGGCUCCAUGGUUAUGGAUUUUCAUAUAUUUGAAGAAUGGAUUAUUAUCUAACCAAAGCGGAAAUUUACAGGCGUGAAUGCUGAUCUUCCUUCGCAACAAUAAGCUUAGAAGAAGCUAUGGCACAUGAGUCUAAAGUUCCACUGUUGAAGAAGCAAUACUACGAGAACUGUCCUGGUUGUAAAGUCGAUCAACUUAAAGAGGCGAAAACCGGGUGGCCUGUUAGAGAGCUCAUCUCCAUAUGGAUUCUUGUCCUUUCUACAACUCUGCCAAUAUCAUCUCUCUUUCCAUAUCUUUAUUUUAUGGUUAGGGACUUUAAUAUCGCAACUCGAGAAGAAGAUAUUGGUUAUUAUGCAGGAUAUGUUGGUUCCUCGUUUAUGCUUGCCAGAGCUGUGACAUCUGUCAUCUGGGGUGUCGUGGCUGAUCGCUAUGGCAGAAAGCCUGUUAUAUUGCUAGGGACUUCUGCAAUGGUUGUUUUGAACAUUCUCUUUGGCCUCAGUGUAAACUUCUGGAUGGCGGUUACUAUGAGGGCUCUUCUUGGUUGUCUAAAUGGUUUAAUUGGAACAAUAAAGGCCUAUGCAAGUGAAAUUUUCAGAGAAGAUCAACAAGCCCUGGGUUUGUCCACGGUUAGCACAGCCUGGGGUAUUGGAUUGAUCAUUGGCCCUGCUCUUGGAGGUUUUCUGGCCCAGCCAGCAGAAAAAUACCCAAAUGUAUUUUCCCAGGACUCUUUGUUUGGGAGAUUUCCCUACUUAUUACCCUGCGUCGCUAUAUCAAUUAUCACACUUGGAGUAACCAUUGCAUCAUUAUGGAUUCCGGAAACAUUGCAUGUCCACAAGGAGGAGAGGACUUCAGUAGAUGACUCUUAUGAUGCUUUAGAAACUGCUGCAUCUGGUGAUGAUGGAAAGAGACCAGCUGUUGCGCAAAGCCUUCUGAGGAAUUGGCCUCUGAUGUCAGCUAUCAUCGUUUACUGUGUCUUCUCGCUCCAUGAUAUGGCCUACUCAGAGAUAUUUUCAUUAUGGGCGGUCAGCCCCCGAAAGUUGGGUGGACUUGGGUACUCAACAGCUGAUGUGGGUGAAACUCUAUCUGUCUCAGGUCUUGGACUUCUUGUGGUCCAACUUUCUCUAUAUCCAUACAUGGAGAGGCUACUUGGACCCGUAAUGGUUUCCCGUCUUGCUGGGGCUUUGUCAAUUCCGUUAUUGGCAAGUUACCCUUUCUUGGCAAGAUUUAAGGGUUUUACUCUGCAUCUUCUGUUGAAUUGUGCAUCUAUAUUGAAGAAUCUUCUAGCUGUGUCCAUUGCUACUGGCUUAUCUAUUCUACAAAACAAAGCAGUGGAGCAACACCAGAGAGGAGCUGCUAAUGGAAUUGCUAUGACAGCAAUGUCUCUUUUCAAAGCUUUUGGCCCUGCUGGCGGGGGUGCUCUAUUUUCUUGGGGAGAAUCACGUCAGGAUGCUGCUUUCUUGCCCGGGAAUCAAAUGGUUUUCUUCAUACUGAAUGUGGUGGAAGCAAUUGGGGUGUUAUUGACGUUCAAGCCUUUCUUAGCACAACGCCGGUAGUCGUAGUAGUCAACAAGAACCUAUAGCCUCGAUCUGAUGGUAAAGCUGAAGUGAAAUAUAGCCAGUAGAGCACAAGACAGCACAACCUUUUGUGUAUUAUUAUUAAUUAGGUUGUAUGUAAGGUCGAUAGGGUAGGAGUGAAGAAAGUUACUCUCCUUUGGGGGAGGCUUGUGAUGAUUCGAUAUAUUGGUGGCCAGCAGUUUGAUCUUUGUGGUCAAAGAAAAUCAAUUUGCUUGCUUGGUUUAUCGAAUUCAUCACCAUAUGGCAUGCAGUAGUAUGCAAAUGCAUUUCCCCUCGGAGAAGACCCGCGCGUUUGGGUGAUUUAAGUGUAAGCCCAUGGGCCCAAAGAAAAAGGCCCACAAUAACUUACGAGCAGUCCAACUGGACAACGAAAGAGCCCAUUGAAGAAACAAACAACAAAAGACGUAUAUCCUUUACGGGUUCGUUUGGAAGUUGCGAUUGUUUUGUUAAGAUUGUCAUUAUGCAUGUAUUGUUUACAAUGCAUUAUUUUUUGUUUUUGUUUUUUAGCAGAAACAAUACAUGGAUUGUUUCUAUGAUGUGACAGAAACAAUCACUCAUUUUGAGUGAUUGUUAUAUCUCAACUUUUAGUUGUGAUUGAUGAGAUAGUUGAGUUGAGAUUGUUUUGUCUCAGCUUUUAGUUGAUGCGGCAUACACAAUCACAUACCAAAAGUUGUAUUUUACAAUGCAUCAAAUUCGACAAUACAUGUAUAAUAUUGUACAUGCAUUCUCAACAAUACAUCUAUUUAACAAUCGCAACUUCCAAACGACCCAUACAUGUGUCGAGGUUCCACUCUUCCCCCCAGUUCAUACAAUUUGAGAGCUAUAAUUAAUAUUUUGGAAUUUUGAGAUAAUCAGGUAAAUCUUAUUUCGAUAUCAAUGAUUUAUUAGGACCAAUUUUAAAUGUACGCUUUUUUGGGUGAUAUGAACUGAGUUCUUGUAAUUUCUGAAAUUAGAUAUGCUCAAGUGUGGAGUAGUACGAAAGUGAGUGAUUUUAUAAAAAGUCUAAAAAACUGUAGAAAUAUAGAACCAAAAUGGAC